UGAGUCCAGAGGAAGUACCAGAUAUCCAAAGUAUCGCGCCUGAUGCAGAAAUAGGCUAUAUGCUUGAACUUGAUCUAGAAGCUUCAGUGCACUUGCACGAUUACUUUGCAGAUUAUCCUUUAGCACCAGAAAAGCAGAUAAUUCCAGAAGACUGGCUUAGCUUGUACAAUGAAAGAUUAGUACAAGAUAAAGAAGUUGGAAAUGGUAAAUACAUGUCCGGAGAGAAGUUAGUUCAGGCUCUUUAUCCUAAGAAAAAUUAUGUGGUUCACUAUCAAGCUCUUCAGACAUAUAUGAAGUUUGGAAUGAAGAUUACAAAAAUUCAUAGCGCUAUCAAGUUUAGGCAAUCUCCAUGGAUGAAAGACUAUAUCGAGGAAAACAUUCGCAAGCGAAAAAUAGCAAAGGCCAAUGGGGAUGAGUUUGGGGUCAUGUAUUAUAAGCUAAAGAACAAUGCUGUCUUUGGUAAACAAAUGGAAAACGUUCGUAAACAUAUGAGAGUAGAAUUACUUCGAACAGAAGAGAAUAAAAAAAUCAGGCGCCUAGCAAGUUCACCAUUGUAUGUAGGUUUUAAAGCAUUCGAAGGGGGAAUUACGGCAGUCCAUAUGUUAAAAAGCACAGUAACUCUAAACAAACCAAUCUAU